AUGAGUCGCAUGGAUGACACGGUGCGGCCGCAUCGGCCGCACAGGACGGAUACUUCAAACGAGAUAAAGGAUCCUGCAUAUACCAGAACCGUCUCCCCGAACAAUGGUCCUCCUGCCCGCGACGAAGUUUCUACAAGACCUCAUAAGCCAACUCCGUCAAAACUGCUGGCCGAAGAUUUGAUCAUAGAGCUCGCUCAGAGAGCGGUGGAUAGCGGGAUUCAAGAUACAAAACGUUCAUUAGCUGGAAGUGAAGCUGUGGAAGAUGUCGUUCGGCCAAAACUUACCAUCGACCUGGGUCACGCGAACAUUGCCCGUGUUCCAGAAGCGGUGGUCAACAUAAUAAAGGAUGAAGUUGCGAGGUUAUCGCUAUCGAAUAAUCAUAUUGAUCGGAUCCCAAGCCGUUUUUCAGAAUGUGUUCACCUUCGAUAUCUCAAUAUCCGAGCAAACAAUUUCGCAGAAUUCCCGCGAGUAGUUUACAGUCUGACGUUCCUGGAAAUUCUUGACCUGAGCAGGAACAAAAUCACGAAGCUGCCAGAAGAAAUCCACAAUUUAUCGUCGUUGCGGGUCUUUUCUAUAAUGCAGAAUUUCUUGGAAGAUCUCCCUAGCCAACUCUCCGAUAUGAGCAAAUUGCAGGUUAUAAAAGUGUCUGGAAACCCACUCAACAGUUCCUUGAAAGCCGUUUUGGAACUCAGGGAGGCGGAUGUCAACCACCUUGAGAUGGCCGAUAAUGAAAAAGAUAGUGCAAUAACCACCGAACUCAAAAGAUUCUUAAAAAGCAGACGAGCUGCAGCAUCUCCUGAACCUGAGUAUAACGACCAAAGUGAAACGACGGAACCACCGAAACCACCAAAAAGAGGAAAUCGCUUUCCGGUCAUACCCAGGUCUAACGGAACGGAGUCUACAUCUGGCUCUAGGUCUCCUUCGUUAUCAAGGCCACCGCCAAUACCCACAAGGUCGCAUCACAGAAUGGCAUCCGGCCAAAGUGGCCUCAUUCAUCGUUCAAACACUUCGGCAAGUGUUAGCGAACGCAACCGAAGCAAUAGUGAAGGCUACAUUGCCGGCUCAGCGGCGUCACGCAACAAGAGGAUGGGACUGAUCAGCAGGAAAAACACUGAUCUUGGAACCCUUGAUGAGAUGCGCCCCUACCGCAACAGCCAUCUACGUGGCCUGAGCCAUGGCUCACUUCUCCGAUCGCAGCGUUCUGUUAUCACAAAUGACGGCAGUAACUCUUCCAGUCCAAGCAGUCCAAUGGACAGGAGGCGCUUGAAAGACGGGUUUGUUCACAGGCUAUCAAGCCUCCCAGAGCAGAGGGUGAAAACUACAACUAAAAACCCUGUAAUAAAUUCUGCAAGAAGUGUACUCUACGCACUCUACCAGAUACAUCCUCACAUAUCGUCUUUGAUAAAUGUUAUCAAGGCUGAAGAAUACAGGCGGAGCAGCCUUGAAAUCGUAUUUUAUAACGCGACAACACAUCUCGAUCAGCUUAACGAGGCAUUGCAAAGCAUUGGAGAUGCAGAUUUGCAGGAUAAAGAUGUUGCCAAAAGAGUUACUGAAGCUGUUAAACACGAAUGUGCAACUUGCAUCACUGCUUAUUCACAUGUUGGAACACAACUUCGCGCCAAUGUUUCCAAAGCUGUGGCCUUGAGUGAUCCCAAAUAUGUCCGGUCUCUCCUCCUCAUGAUUUACGGCAGCUUGAUUGAACUUCGCAAUGCGUGCACCGCUUUCAAUGUGAAACCAAAGUCUCGAAGGCCGAAGACAGCAAAGAAACUAUCAAUUACUACCAAUCAGCCAAUGAGCAAGUUUACAGCCGAGCGCGAACCUGAACCGUCAAUUACACCAACAAGGGAAAGGCCACCACCUGCUCGCCGACUACGAAGCGAAACAACUGUACAUCUUCCGCCUUUUGCGCCAUUCCCUACUGCGCUACCACCUUUCGCUCCUCAUCCACCUGGUAUUCUGUCCCAUUCGAACCACCCACCGGUUCCACCGCUCACCAUUGGGGGUAGAAGCCGUUCAAGCAGCCGGUCUAAUGCAUUCUUAUACUCUUCAGGGGCCUCAUCCAUCGCAAACACCCCACGAUCUGGAGAAUCGUUCAACUUGCUCCAGACUCCAGUUAGCAAUAAGAUUAAUCCUGUUACUGGGCUAGAUGAAAUAGAAGAGGACCGUAUAUUUGAAAAGAUCUUCAUUCAACUCUCUUCGGCAUAUAAGGCUACGCUCCAAGCUGUUCCGCUGGUUGCCCAACAGUUCUCGCAAUGCCUCAAAGCCGCCGAAGAAUCUCGAGCUCCUCAACACCUCCGAAACUUGUGCCGAAAACUCCUAGUUCGUUGUCGAUCCUGCGUGGAUGUUGCUGACGCCCUAGACAGUCGUUUAUCCAACAUGAAACUAAAAGAGCCUGGUGGAAACCUACGAAACCAGCGCGAAUUUUGGCAUCUUUGUAAGACGUUCAUACAGACUUUUGUUGAACUAAUUCUCGAUAUACGUGAAGCCAAGACCUUCUGCCUCCUCCCUUCAGAGAUUGUCGCUACUCUUCGAAUAGUACAAAAGACGAUAAGGGAAGCCGGCCGUUUGAUUGAUACAUCUCCCUGGUCAUACCUUGCUGAACUUCACACCUCAAAUCCUUCCAACACGGUAUCACAACCUCAGAACAAUGGCCACCUUCAUUAUUCGAACUCUUCAACCUCGAUUGUAUCACAAUCUGGCCUAGUUAACGGAUCCUCCCCCCAGUCUGCUACCGUGCCAGCUACUCCCCUAAGCGCUGCUCUAGGUCCUGCUGCGCAAGCGACCGUCCCUUCUACUACCCCGGCGAGCACCACCAGCAUAAGCGGUGAUCGCAUGUUCGCUGGAGAUGUCUUCCAGCGGGCUGAUCAAUUACUUUCCAUGGCUCCUACUGCACCGCUCUUUUACCGCCGCUAG